GAGAAAGAUAGAAUCAUCUCGUCUUUUGUUACUGCCGCACUGUGACCGGAGUAGCAGCACCAUCACCAGCAACGGCACCCGCCGAGAGUAUAUCGUGACGUCGGUAUACGGCGUGAUGUACGCCGCCGUACGAGGACGAAACGAGAGGGAGAGAGAGAGGAGAGGAAAAGCGCGCGAAUCGUGAGCCACCGUCAGUGUACGUCGCGCCAGUCUCCGCGCCGGUGUUCGAGCGCUCUUGCGUUUAUUCGAGGUUAGGUUUGACAAGGCGCGUUCUUCGAAACACGUUAAACACGAAAGUCUUCACAUGUUUUCUCCAGUUUUACUUACGCAAAUAAUUUAUCUCGAUUAAAGUAUCGCGUUGUUAUCAUUGUCGUUGUUAUUACAUUUUUAUUACGAUAUUGUCGUUGACUAUUAUACAUACCAUCUCGUGCAUCGUCCUUUUAUAUGUCACUUUAAUAAACUAACGUUGAAAACGUUAGUGUCACGCGGAUAUGGUGCGUCCAGAGAAGAAACUCGAAACUAGUUUCUCGCAAAGCGACGGAUAAGAGAGGAUUUAAACGGAGAAAAUCUGAAAAGAAAUAAUAGUGUGAAUGUUCUCGGAUAGCCGUAUGUCGCGGCUUGCCGCGCACGACUUUUUCAGUGCACACGAGGAAAAUAUGGAUAACUCUGCGUACGUGCCGAAUCAUCUACCACCGCCGUCCCUGGUCGUGUUUUCGCAGGCCGGGGGACUGCCCGAGGCCCUGAGAAUGCAAAGACCCUUCAAUCCACAAGUGACAGAUUCGAAGGAGCUCCAGGUGCCGUUCAGCACAGCGGCGUCCCUCGGUUACGGGCUACAUCAUAUGCUUCACCUGCCACCACAAUUUCUUCAUCCGUUGGACCAUCGGUUACCAUUCGGCGGGUUUAGGCCCCUUGGUCCUUCAGCGUUCGCGCCACCGAGCAAGUGCCUCAAGGUCGAGACGGGUAACGGUUCGGUAGCCGGUUCGGGCCUACCAAGCAUCGGCUCACUUUCGAGCAUGUCGAACAUGUUCUCGCCUACUUCCUUGCCUCCCUCCGCCGGUGGAGGAGCAGUAGUCUCAGUUUCGGGCCCAGGAAGCACAGCCACCGGUUCGGGUUCUUCCGUUAACGUCGUUGGUACUACUGCCGGUGGUGCUGGUGGUGCUGGUGGUGUUGGUACAGCCAGUGGUGCCGUUUCAUCAGUGCUAUCCUCAGGACCGGAAGUUGUUGUUACACCUCACAGCCCGGCUGGUUCCGCUAGCCGUUCACCGACGGGCACAGGGACCGGCUCGGCGCCGAAUCGAGGCCCAACCCCCGAGGAGGAGGAUCGAGACGCAAACGCCACACCCGGAUCCGAGAACACCGAGCGCUCCACCCCCGAGGAGGGACGACCUUACAGACUGGGGCCUGUGUUCGGGGGCCGAUGCGGCGCGGAGGCGCUCGGUCUGGGGCUGGGGCUGUCGCUGGGCCCGGCCUACAGGUUCGCUCUGCCCCCGGGACUCGCUGCCAAGACCACCCGCUGCCUUGUAUUCGACCAAGGUAAAAAGAAAUUCCCAUCGGAUCCAUCGUGUUGUCCUGUAUGUGGGGUAACGGUUAGACCGCAGGAACUCGAGCAACAUUUUGCUCAGGAACUCGAUCGACUUUAUAAAAUCUCGUCAGCUUCGUCAAGACCACGACCACCCAGGUCUACAUUGCCGCCAGUUCAUCCGCAAGAUCAUCCACAUGGGCCAAUGUUACAUGCACCGUCGGCCGCUGAUGGUCCACCACAUGGAACACCUCAUCAAACUCCUCAGGGUAGAUGGGAGACCUAUAAAAGAAUCAAGGCGAAUAGACAGGCAAGGAUUCGUGUUAAGAAUAGAAAAAGAAAAGCGGACGAACCAACGUGUCCGGUUUGUAGCGAAAGAUUGUCCGGUACUCCGGAAGAAUUGAAUCAACAUGUAGAACGUUGUCUAAACAAGCAUAAUAACGGUAAUCCAGCAGGUCAACACUCGAAUCUUGAUGAAGAAGAAGUGGACGUCGAGGGUGACGCCGAAACCUUUGAAGAAUACGAAUGGGCAGGUCAAAGAAGAGUUAGAGCAACCUCAAUGCUUGUUGGCGGAUUUUCUGCCGUAGGUUUGGCGACGUCAUCGAGCAAUCGUUCGGGUGGUGGUGGUGGCGGUGGCGGUGGUGGAGGUGGUGGUGAAGGUGGAAAUCAACAGGACGAGGAAGAUGUAGAUUUAGUUGUUGACGGUGACGACGUUGCGGAAUUUGGUCCUGCACAAUAUUCUGAGGCUGAUGUUAUAACACCAAGGAUUGACGGUACACCAAGGGAACAAAAGGAAAGGGACGCACUUAGGGAAGCUGUUAUCUCACCUAACGCACCUCACACUCCUCAUUCCGAUCAACUUGCGCAACAAGGGUUGCUAGAGGUCAAACCUGAACCUGGUACUACCACUACCACGACCACGACCAGUUCAUCAUCUACCCCUAUUCCUGGUCAACAAAACGAACUCGAUGAAAAUGUUUCUUCAUCACCAAGAAGGGACGGUGAUACUCCAGUUGUUGAAGCACUUCGCGGUAGGAUCAAAGAACUCGAAGCUGAGAUGCGUGGUCAACUUUUCAAAUGUCUCAUUUGUAUGGAACAAUAUAAGAAACCAGUGACGUCCGUAUGUUGUUGGCACGUGCACUGCGAACAAUGUUGGCUACACACACUGGGUGCAAAAAAGCUGUGCCCACAAUGCAACAUGAUAACCUCACCAUCGGAUCUACGAAGGAUCUACAUGUGAAGUCAAUCUCGUACGAAAAAAGCUGAUCAAGUAGUAUACUACAACAAAUCGACUAACGUCCUAUGUUCCGCCUAAAAUACAAUAAUUUAAAUAGAAAAAAUUAAAAAAAAAAAGGUAAUAAACGAGAAAAGUA